AUGUCAGAAGUAACAGAAAAGCUAAUAGGGGAGAACGAUUUGAACAAUGCGACGAAUAACGUCGCAGGCGGAAACUCGGCAAGCCGUGUGUCAAAGAAGGCGUGUCCAAAACGGAAGAAGAAGGACCGGUGUUACUUUGAGAAGUGUAAUAGCACAGCUGUGAAGUUUAUUGGGGACUGCCAAUUUUGCCAGGGCCAUUUUUGCUCGAAACACCGGUUGAUGGAGAGCCAUGCAUGUCAGGGACUCAAGUCGUGUAAGGAGCAGAUGCACCAGAGGAACGCCGAUAAAUUGGCUGCUGAGCAGACAAUCGUUCCUAAAAUUCAGAUUUGA